AAUUUGGGUAUAUUUUGGCUCAGAAUUUGGUAUUCAGAUAGAACCAAAUGUCCACGUCUAGCUGUUGCUAGCUAUUGUGAUGAAAAUCUUCAGUUUUGUUCUGCCAUUUGUUGUCGUCAUUGCGCAGAUCUCACAAUGCCCAAAGGGUGACUCAAGCCAUUUUUCUUUUCCUUUGUUCUAGUUCAAAAAAGUUAGUUCUUUCUAUAUACGUUUCUGCAGUGGGUAAUAAGACUUUCUUUCUCACCUAAUCAAGUGAUUCUAUAACUAGAUUUAAUCACUGGAAGCACUUUAACGAGUUGACCCUAUUUGCCCCUCAAAGCUUUUUGUAUGACCCAAGGCUGAAAAAAGAAACCCUUAGGUAUUAUUGUAUUACACCAUUUAUUUAAUGGAACCUGGCCUCAAGCCCAGUAUGGAAAUGGAGUAUUAUGUGAAUCCCAUAGAUUUUCUUAAUCAAAAUAAAAUACCAGGACAGACGUCUAAGUGCUGUAGUCAUGAAACAUCAAGAUAUUGAAUGGUAGAAGAACCCGAAAUGAAUAAAUAAUGUUGCAAUCAUGUAAAGAAGUAAUGGAAAUCUCCAUUAUGCUAUUAAAAUGAUUGUUCAAACAAUUGGUAUAAGCUUAAUAUAGAGCAAGAUCAUUUGACUAUUAGUUAUGCUGUAAUAUUUUUAUAGCAGUAGAUGUUCCCUGUUUCGUGUUCUCAUUGUCACAAGUAAUAACAGCGUCUAAAUGUAAGCAGUGGCACCUCUAUCCAGACUUUUAAGUAGCUAAAAAUAGCAAUCCAGCUUUCUAGCAAGCGUUUGCAAUGAUAGAAACCAGACUGUCAAACUAUUGCAACGUGAGCUGUAACUUGUACUCAAGUUAAAAUGUUUCUUUCAGGGACUAAACCAAAACCAUGAAGAAAUACAGACGACACGAAAUACAGAAAAAUAAAAAAAUAGAAAAACAAUCCCAGAUCACGUUUUUUAUACAUUUUUAUUGAUGGGGAAAUAAAGCUACAUUUUACUACUUGUGUCAAUCAUUGAAACUAUGUUUUAUCUCUGAUCAUUUCUUUAUUCACCAAUGAAUCUGAGGUUCAUGGAGUUUCAGAGCUCAGAAGUCACAGGAAUGGGAGGGAGGUUAAAGAGAGUUCUCAUGAAAAUACAGUAUUUUCCCGAUCAAAUUGAUUGCAGAGAAUUUCUUUGAGUGGUAUGCUAUAUUCACGUUAUAACAGCAUUGGGUCUGAGAGCAAAGGGUUCUAGCUUGUAUAGUAUAAAGUUCUACCUAGAAGGUAAUCCAUCAAUAGUCAUUAAAGACAUGAAUUACAGAGAUGAACUAAUGUUUUCAUCUAAUCUAAACAUUAAGUUCCAUAGGGUAAAUUAACUCCUUCACUACCAAGCAAUUUUUGAUUGAAAACAUAUUAGAAUAACAUUUAGCCGGUUUGACGCACAUCCCUUGCCUGGCGCAUGUGCUGAAUUUGGUGGUGCAGAAAUUCCUGAAAAACUACCCAUAUAUCAGAGCUGCUGCAGAAAGUGUGUGCCGUCUGUGUGCACUUUCGGUGUUCUUACCCCGCUGCUUGCCUGUCUGCGCUGCAACAUAACUUCGGCCUUCCUGCUCACCGCCUCAUAUGCGACGUGACCACAAGGUGGAACUCCACCUUGCACAUGCUGGAGAGAGUGGAGUUUCAGAUGCAGCACGCAUGGGUCAGUCGCUCUGCGGAACAGCACCACUUCACAACCAAUGAGUGGGCCUCCAUGCGAGACCUGUGUGCCAUGUUGCGCUGUUUCGAGAACUCCAUAAGCAUUGUCAGUGCUGAUGACGCCAUUCUCAGCCUUGCUAUCCCGCUUCUAUGUCUCCUUGAAAAAAACGCUUCGGGCGAUGAUGGAAGAGGAUGCGGCACAGGAGGAAGAAGAGGUGACAUUUCCACGGUUAUCAGGCCAGUCAUUCACAAGUGGCUCAGUGGGUUCCUGCACCAGCAUAGGCCAGGUACACAAUUGUCCAGCAUCUCCACAAUGUCCCAUGGAAGCAUUCAGCUGUCCAUCUCCCAAACACUGGAGAGAAAGAGGAAGUACCCCCCUAGCCACCCGUGAUCCCUGGCCCUGAAUGCCAGCAUUUCAAAAUUCUUGGCCUUUGAAAUGCUGUCAUUCCGUUUGGUGGAGACGGACAGUUUUAAACACCUGAUGACAUUAUUGGACUGCAAUAAAUGCACCGCAGGCCGCAAAUCUUUCUUUUUUUAUAUGUCCCACUAUUUUGGGGGCUACCCCAAUUUAAAAAAACAAAAAAACAAAUAAAAAACAGUGUUGGCUACCUCCUCCUCCUCCACCGCCGCUUCCACCUACACCGCCCCGGUCACCACCUCCUCAACCUAUGGGUCACUUAGUAUAAACUAUGUACACAAUAGCAGAGGCUUGUGAAGGCCUUUUCUCCAUGAAUCAGGAGUUGAGCUCAGUUUGAACAAUGAAAGAAAUACCCUGCACUCCAACCCUCCCUCAAAUGGAUCAUUAUGGUGAUCCUCCUGACAGCCAUGCUUUAGAUUUUGAUUUAUGUUCUUCCAAAGCUAAAAUCAAAGAUUCCAUCUAGUGCUAUUUUAUUGCUCAGCAGUAUUUUAAAUUUUUAGGUAUUUUAUGUUAUUUUAAGUGAUUUCCCUAUCCACAUUUGUUUGCAGGGCACUUGUCCUACUCUUACCCCCAUUUUACUUCCCUUUGCAGCCCUAGCCCUCUAGCCCUUUCCAGAACACUUUUUAGAGCCAUUUUUGUGCCCAAAAGUUCGAGUGGGGUUAGGGUUCGGGGGUCAAAUUCGGGGUCAAGUUCGAUCCCGAACCCGGACUUUUUUCCGAAGUUCGGCCGAACUCGCCGAACCCGAACAUUUAGGUGUCCACUCAGCUCUAAAUAUGACCUAUUAAAACAUCUUGUGCUGUUUGAAAGCAAGAGGUAGACUUACAUAUUCUGCAACUUUACAGGCACUAUUUCAAUAGUUAGUAGUUUCUGGCAGAGAGAUGAAUUCCUCUGCAGGCUGGAAAUCAUUAUUAGACUAUAAAUGAAGGUGAUUGAGGCUUUAUGAACUAAAUUUCAUAAUGCAAAAUAUAUGAAAAUAAAAACCUUUACGCUUGGUUUGGGUGCUUAAGAGGUUAAGGUGUCCUUUAUAUGUAAAUUCAGGGGAGGCUGGCCCUUUGGGGACGUUGGGGCAACAACCUACCAGUUUUCGAAGCAAAAACAACACCUUGUGUUUGUUUCCUCCCUUCCUUCCAUUAUUGAUGGCUGAAGAUACUGUUGAGUUGCUGAAGAACUAAUCAGAUCCAAUUUUUGGUAAUAUAUGAAAGAAAAGUCCAAUACAUUUAGUGUAGGCUUCUAAGAUUUGGUCAGUGUUCUCCUCUGUCCUAUGGUGUCUGAUCCGUGGGUAAAUUUGAUUGGCACAUGAAACAGAACCUAUGCCUUGAUACUAACUGAUUUCUCAUUGAUAGCUGACUUUUUCAUGUUCUGUGUCAAAGAAAUAUACUUUAAAGUGUAACCACAUCAUGGUAGCUUUAAAAGCAAAUUUAAGGUGGUUUAAUCUAAUUUAAGAAAAAAUCAAAUUAAGUAUUUGUGUUCCCUUGCCAGACUCUGUGUUAAUUUCUUAAAGGACCACUAUAGUGCCAGAAAAACAAACUGUUUUUCCUGGCACUAUAGUGCCCUGAGGGUGCCCCAACCCUCAGGGUCCCCCUCCCGCUGGGCUCUGGGGAGAGAUAGGGGUUAAACACUUACCUUUCUCCAGCGCCGGGUGGGGAGCUUUCCUCCUCCUCUCCUUCUUCCUAGUGACGUCAUCGGCUGAAUGCGCAUGAACGGCAGGAGCCGCCCGCGCAUUAUUAUUAUUAUUUUAUUAUUUAUAUAGCGCCAACAAAUUCCGUAGCGCUGUACAAUGGGUGGACUAACAGACACAUAAUUGAGAUCAGACCACUGACGUACAGGAACAGAGGGGGUUGAGGGCCCUGCUCGAUGAGCUUACAUGCUAGAGGGUGCAUUCAUAAUGCUUUCCUAUGGACGCUGGCGUCUUCUCACUGUGAUUUUCACAGUGAGAAGCAUGCAAGCUCCUCUAGCGGCUGUCAAUGAGACAGCCACUAGAGGCUUUGGAGGCUGGAUUAACCCUCAGUGUAAAAAUAGCAGUUUCCCUGAAACUGCUAUGUUUAUAAAAAAAGGGUUAAUCCUAUCUGGAACUGGCACCAAGACCACUUCAUUAAGCUGAAGUGGUCUGGGUGCCUACAGUGGUCCUUUAAGUGUGGACAAGCUACAAACCCCCAUCUUGAAGUAACCACAUCAAACCUUUUUAAACCCAUGUUUAUUCAAAAUUAGUUGAGAAGUUGAAAGGUCAUAAUAUAAUUCUUAAAAUGCGCACAUAUACUCCUGUGCAAACCUCCACCAUUAAUGUACUGUAUGUAAUCUCCUAUAUCUUAUAUUGUCUUAUUGUAGCUCUCUGGACAGUAAACUCCAAGUACACAAACAAAGCAAAGCAAGUUUCACAGAGUUAAAAGUCACACUCCAUUUAAAAGCUAUAUUUUCAACAAUUGAGUACAUACACCCCAAAAGAAAACAUGCAUGUACUUCUGCCUGCACGUUUUUUUAAUUUCCAAGCUUUUCAGUCUGUGUUGGGAGUACUCCGAUCAAACACUUUUCAUUGAGAGGACUCUGUGCUAAAGCUACAAGUGCGCACGUGUGAUCAUGGCUUACAUCUCAAUGAGUUGUAAUACAUUGAGAAAGGGUGAAGACAGUUACAAACUAGCCCAGCAGGCCUGCUGCUUCCGUGAGCUCUCUGAAAGCUAACAGAAUUAUAAGAGAACUUCCCUGGUUGUCUGAAUGACUGCCAGGGAUAUUGCUUCUGUCCCAAUUUUAAUAGAUUGGUGUUCUACAAAUUUAAGGUCAAGAUAGCCAAACUAGAAAAAGGCAGUAAUACUUCCAAUUUGGGCUAAAACUUUGAUUUCACUUUAAAUUCUCACUUUUGUGAAUAACUCUGAUAAUGCACUCUAGCAAGCUGAAGCGGUUUAUGUGUAUGGAGUGUAACUUUAAAGUUAUCUUUAACAUUUUUAUUCUGUGUAAUUGAGUUUUACAAUUUACAAGUCUCUUUUCAAGUUACCAUACAUUUUUGUUUAGUGACAAGGAAAGAAUGUGUAGUUUGCUUUUAUCAAAUAAUAAACACUGCCCUUUAUUAAUUGGAGAACUGAUUAUCCUUAUUAACAGAAUAAUAUGAUAAAUAGUCCCUUAAGGAGGUGGACCUAGAUAUCCCAAAUGUGCAGUUGGUAAAAUAUUUCCCUUACAUUAAUAUUUUAUUUAAACCACACACUUAAACUCCUUGGUGAAUAAUUAGUUAAAAAUUUGACAAAUUGCACAAUCAGGAUAGAUCAGGGUAACAUUUGUACAGAACAUAAAAUGAUUUGCUACAUUUAAUAUCCUCUAAAAUGCUUGUGAGGUUCUGCUAAUGGAACCCUUAGCCAUCACUCAGUAGCACAUAGCAGCUAUUAAAACAGACAUUAGAAGCCAAAUGAAAAAAAUUGUCACUAUAAAUAAAUUAUCAUGUUUUAGUUUUUAAAUAAUGAAGAUGACAUUUUGGAUAAACAUUAACAUGAUUUGUUUUACACAUAAUCCAAAAUGGUUUCUUUAGUUUUUAUGUGUUUCUUAGUUAGUAGAAAUGUUAGAAGUAAUAAAAAAGUGUAAUGUUUUUUUAAAUAUAAACACCAUUUCAGUGCUUUAUAGCUAGUGCCUUGUGCCAACAUUUAAUAAUAACUAGAGUUAAACUCUUUAUUUUACUUUUAUUAUAUAUGAUUGUCUGGAAGUUUUGCUAUAUCUUUCAAACACUUAUACUACUUAAACAUUAUGUACCCAAAACAAUAUUUUUGCAGUGCCUUGUGCCACUUUUCUAGUCUAGUAACCCUUUCAAUACCCAAAUGAAAUAUAAGCAUUUCUAUUUUCAUGUUUUUUAAAAUACUAAAUCUAGUUCCUAAAGCCUCACUCACACUCAUUUAUACUCUAGUUAUGAUUAUCAACACAUUUCUCUACCACUAGCUGCUAGUCACUGAUAUCAUGUCUGUAAAGUGGCUGAAAAUGUAAGUGCAUUGCUUGCUUUCAAACAGUGCAGGAUGUUUCAAUGAGUCAUAUUAUUCCUAGAGUCAGGAAGAGCAAAGGAGUGAAUCGGCUCUACCAUUUCCCUGUUAACAUUACAUUAGCAAUCCAGAGAUUGAUAAAGAUUGCAAUAGUCGUUUUAAAUAGUUUAAUUUAGAAAUAUAUGUUUUACCGUAUUUACUUUAUGUGGGCAUCAUGCUCAGAUGCAUACAUUCUUUUUACAUGUCUUUGCCAUUUUUGUAAGCUUUACUGUUAGUCAUGACUUUAGGGUGCUUACAAAUAUCUAUAAGAAAAAUAUUUGACUAGUGUAUUUAUAUAUUUUUGUCACACCUAAUGUACGUGAGAAUAUUUUUAUUUUUGCUGUUAUACUAGCAUUUCAGACCCUGUGUGAAAUAUGGCAAGAUAAAGACAACUGAAUAGUGUCUAUUUUUUCAUUUCCAAAUAAUUUUUCGAAAAGGUAAACAUAUAAGUGAAGAAUAAAAAAUAAAAUGACGGAACUUUACACUAUUUUUAUGUUUGUCUGCAGACCAGUCACAAAAUUGUUCUGCUGUUAUAUAAAUAUAACACAUAUAUUUCCCAAGUACAGUGUAUUAAUCUCAUAAGAGCUGGCAUUAGGUUGCUAGAGUAGGAACUGCCAAGAAUGGAGUACAUUGGGGGAUGGCAAUAUGUGAUCAUAUAUUGUAACUAAACCUCUAUUAUUUUUGCCCUGGUUAAGUAUUAGUUUAAAAAAACCUAUUGCAAACUGUGAACUUUGAGAUUACUGUUUGGUGAAUGAGUGAGUGUGCUGGAUCUUGUAUGUUGUAUGAAUUGGCCCCAGCAGCACUCUUAUAAUUUAUAAUGUUCAGGUGAGUGUAGCCCUCUUUUUAUAUAAUAUGCUAAUAAUAAUAAUAACAAUAAUAAUAUAAUUUUAUAUGUUGGGGACCUGUCUGGCAACCCCCUGCAGCUAUCAUCACGCUCACUGACUCACAUCAGCUGGAUUGACUCCAGGAGGACUGCCUGGGUUGUCAGGCAGGCUCCCGGAUUGCGUUUGGCAGCUAAGGUAAGAUGGUGGGCCAGAGGGAGGGUCAGAUCAUUAGGGCACGCUAUGCUCCCCUAACGGUAUCAGAGCCCUCCUUUUGUAGGAAGGCAUAGCACACCCUAACAGCCUGAUGAGCUUAACCCCGUAAGGACACAUGACAUGUGUGACAUGCCAUGAUUCCCUUUUAUUCCAUAAGUUUGGUCCUUAAGGGUUUAAACUAUGAAAACUGCAUGCCCAAUAGAGUGUAUAUAUAAAGACCAACAAGUGUAUGGAAAACAAGUCCUUUACAGGUGAACAGUUGAAUUUUAAUGUUUUUAGCAAUUGUGAAGAUAAAAUUCAAUGCAACACUGAAUGUCAAUUCUUUCUGUCUGCACACUUUGACUUUUUAUUCACCUGUACUUUUGUAGUUUUCUUCAUAUGACAGCUCACUAUACAGUGAAAUUAAAAGAACUGAAAAUCAAAUUGUAAAAUGUAGGUUACAAUAACCAUGAUAUGAAUACCAUUUCAUGUUUUUCUUCAGAAUUAAGAAUUAUUCUAAAUCAUCUAUUUAGGAUAUAAGCAAAAGACAAUGGACACAACAAGCUAAAACUGCUAGUUUAUAAGCAUAUAUUUUGCAAUUCUGCUUCCAAUCUACUACACUUCAUUGCUUAGUGAAAAAACCUGCUAAAAUUAUUUUAAAAUAUAUAGUUGACUUUUACCAUUUUUUCCAAACAAGACGUACUGUCUUUUGAGAGUAAAUGAUCUUACUAAAGUUUCAAAGUAUUUUUAAUAAAUCUACACUCUAAGAAUAAAAAAUUACCCAAAGGACAAAAAUGGAGGCUGUGGCUCAUUAUUACCCAAAAUGCAUUGGGACAAAUGCUGAACACAAAGUAUACCUGGCUGACAGAACAUUAAUUUGCCGUCUCUAGCAAAUCACAGCUUUACUUUUUAUAGCUCUAUUAUCUGAAUAUAACUACUAUUUUGUUUAGCUUUAUAAUGUCUAACUAUCAGGGUUAUUCACUAAAGUGAGAAUUCAAUGUGAAUUCAAAGUGAAUUUCUAAUUUUAAGGCCAGAGUAGCUGAACUGAACGUAUGGCUAACUUGGAUAAUUUUUUCCAUUUGGGCUAUUUUGACUUGAAAUUUACUUGCAAUUCACUUUGAAUUUUCACUUUAGUGAAUAACCAUGUAUGUAUUUCUUUGGUCUACAUUUGAUAUGUGGAGUUUUUAUAUAAUAUUCUGUUAUAAACAAAGACCUGAUUUUAUUGCUUGUUAAAUUGCACUAUUCGUUUUUUAUGCCUGUGCUGUUUGUUUUGUCAAGCUUCGACUUUAUUUUGUUGUCCUCUAUAUUUCAAAUAUGUGUUAAGCUUCUUAUGUAUUCUGUUGCAUCACACAAGCAGACAGUAUUCUACAUUUGCCUUGUUUUACCUUGUCCAAUGGAAUAAAAGAGACUUGAGAAAUGUGUCAGCAAUCAUGACCACACACAAAAGGACUUAAGACGUCCACCCCAACAGACAAAAGCUAAGUCAGGAGAUGCACUGAAAAUUAGAUAUUUAGAUAUAUGUAUAAUACACAAAGGCAACAAUAAGCAUAAUCUUUUAUUUUAAAUAAUAGUUAAAAAUGUGACAGCAUUCCUUUAAACCUAUUAGUGCAUUCUGGAGUAUAAAUGAGGGUGAUGGAGGCUUUAUAGGAAUAUAUUUUGUUCUGCAAAGUACAGGUAAUACAUUAAAAUAACAAUGAUUAAACUUAAUUUUGGAAGUAAAGGGCUUAAAGGUGGAUUUAUAAAUCUACAUGUAUAAACAAUACAAACCAAACAGCUUCACUUUAAAAUCUGUUUCUUACUGUAUAAAUUUCUAUCUAUAACUGGUGAUAUAUUUACUUUUUCUAUAAGAUAGCAUUAUGACAGUGACAGGCUUCUGGUGUUACAAGAAGCAAUGGAACAGGAAUCUUUAAUAUACAUUUUAUAUUCAGAAUCAUGACAUGCAUGAGAAAUUAAUGAGCUUUUGCUUCUUAAUUGAGAGUAUAAUUUAUGUUUAACCUUCAUUUUUUUCAUUGCUUCCAUCUCUUUUCACACAUAUCUUUCAAUAUAAAGUAUUUCCUGUAAGUAAAUCUUUAUACAGAAGCAAAUCUUUUUGCUUAAUUGGCUUAACCCUGAGAGUAUUCUCUAAGGGUUUAAGUUUUCCUUUGACCAUCAAGUAACAUAAUUUGAUGACUCGGUCUUCUACAGCUACAGUGGAACCUCAGAACUCAAACUUAAUCCAUUCCAGAAUGUGUAAUGAUGAGAGUUGAUAGCGUAAGUGGAAAGGAGAAGAGCUAUCAUUGUUUGAAUGGGGAGUCGUCUUCUAUUAUUACUAUAGGUAACUGUUCUGGCGUUCUUUCCCUUGAUCGUUUCACACCAUUGAAACCUGGUCGAGAUUUACUGGACCUUUUCUUCACUAAAAAUUUGUCUAUUGCCUUGUCAAAAAUUUGACUUGCUGUUGUCUAUGUUUUAAAAUGUGUCUAAAGUGAGACAUAGCGUUAUCAUUGAAUAUGUUUGUGGCAUGACUUACAACAGCUUUAUCAGGUUGAUAUUUUUCAACAACAUUUUGCACUUCAACCCACUUCGCACACAUUUCUUUGAUCAGUGAACUAGGAAUAUUUUGCUUUUCCUCCUCAUCCUCCUCGUCUGAAGACAAUUCCUCGGAUGCCCUCUUUUGCUGCUCCCUCUGAAGGUCUUGGAGUUCUUCUGUGGGGAGUUUGUUCUGGUGAUCCUCCAUUAACUCCUCACAUCUUCAUCAUUCACCUCUAAGACCGUUGAUUUCCCCAGAGACACGAUAUCCUCAACAACAGAAGCAUAAUGUUCAAUACCAGAAUAGACUCUUUCAGGGACAGCCUCUGGUCACAAUUUCCCCCAGGCUAAGUUCAUGGGGCUGAGUUGCUAUAAGACACAUCCCUCCAUGCUUUAUCUAUGAGGUGUAAACAAUGUAGGAUAUUAAAAUUAUUUUAUAGAACUCUCUAAGGGUUAGCUCUGUGUCUGAGGUUACUUCAAAGCACCUUGCACCUAUGUCUAAAUUCAGUUUCUAAGGGGCGUACACAUAAGAUUUGCCUAAUACUUUAAAAUAAGUGUCUAUCAUAGAAAAAGGGGCUUAACCAUUCUGUCCAAACUGUAAUUAACACCAUACAUUAUAUUUGUUGGUAAACUAUGAGUUACACAAAAGGCUAUAUACAUUAAAUAAAUAAAUGCUUCCAGGGAGUCUGGCUUGCAAUGCUGGGUCAAAGGUCAAUAUCAACAAGCAUUCAUGCAUCAUUAUCUUAACAAGAACCAUAUGUGGUGACCGUUGAUAUACAGAUGAAUAGGAUAUCAGUUCUUUGUCUGAAAGUGGUUUGAAAUUAAAUUAAUUUAAACUAAUUAAAAAGUUAUAAUUUUCAUAUUACAAAGAUAAAAUCCUAAAUUUUUUUAAAAAAAGGCUCCUUCUCCAUUUGUCAGUACUAAUCUAGUCUUAUUUAAAUUGAUUACCAUAUUAUUUGUGCACAUGGCCCUAUGUAAGAAAUGUAAAAUAAAUAAACUGAUGUAAUGAUAAGCAUUAUAUUUAUGUGUUUCCAUCUUUUCAUUGUUUUGUGUAUAUUAAUCUCAAUUCAGAUAAAGUAUUUUCUUUCAAGUCAACCCCAAUUGGGUUUUUUGAAAAGGUGUUUGAUUUACUGGAUGUACAGUUCAGUUUAUUUUAGAAAUCAGAACAUAAAUGAACCCAUGUUUAGGUGACCCAUUUAAGUGGCCUACCUAUGCUAAUUCAGAAGAAAAUGUACUCAAUCGAGCGGCUAUUAGAAUAACAGUAAAGAAGAAUAAGUGUUAUCUUGUAGCAAAACACAAGAUGAAUCUGUUAAAAAUACUGCCACAGAGCAUUCAACACUUUUUUAUUUCUUCUUAUUCCAGAUCAACAGCCUGCCUGCCAUAUUUUUGGACAGUUCAAUUUUCAGCUUUAUGAGUUUCUAAACUAUGACUAAUGUACUACGGCAGAAUGCUAGAAGAUGUGAGUGAUUAUAUUGAACCCUGCAAGGACAGCCUUACUGGUUCAGAUACAAGCAUUGAAUGGUGAGAAAAAAGUGAUUGAUAGCACUGUGUUUUUCAUAGAAGAAGGCAGGGCCGGGUUACACUUUACAUGCAUUGGGGACAACCAAAGGUUUGUAACUAUUUGUGUGUUGGAGGCUUUUGUAGAUUGUUUCACAUAAGGAGCUUUUGUUAGUUUUUUUAGUUGUCCAUUUUUUUUAAUGAAAAUCUUGCUUAACCAUUACACAAUACAAUUCUAUAUUACCUUACUUAUAUUUCUAGUACUUAUAGACUUAUUAUGUUUCUCAGGUGUAUUGUAUAACUUUAAAGUCUUCUUUUUCCAUUUUUUAUCCAUCCCUUUUUUCUCUCAAUAAAAUUUGAUUAAAAACAAAAUUGCAACAUCAAAAGAAUGUUUUAUUAUCAUGCACCCAAAAAGGGUAGCAUUACUUUGAAAAUGUUCUUUUACUUUGCUAAAAUGUUUUUCUAAAUGUAAAUUGCUUUUUUUUUUCACUCUAAUUAGGUACACAUCAUAAUAGAUCUGAUUAUACUCAAUUCAAUAGUUACAGAGCACAUAACACACAAAACAUCUCAUACCAGGAAGUGUAACCUAUAAUCACAAGCUAUUAUGAUGUGACAAUAUGUGUGAUGAGAAUAGAUGUAGGUAAGUAAUAACAUUUUUACAUUUCUGUUAAUAAUAACAGUGGAUAGGGUGUUUAUUUAGAAACUAUUCUUCUGAGGUUGAUUCAUUGAACAUUAAAAUAUAGUGAAUAUUGCUAAGGUUAAACUAAAAUAAGAAAUAUUUUAAAAAAUCUCCAACUCAAUUAUAAUCAGAACUUGGUUACUUUUCCGUAAUUUUAAUUCAGUUCAAUUCAGUAUUUAGUGAAUGAACCCUUGUGGUUUCAGUAGAAGAUUAGAAUUUUUAGUUAUUGUGCACUUGGUUAAUAUUCCGUGCUAAUCUGCAGAAUCAAGAAAUGGUUUAAUGUGCUGUGAAAAAAAGAGUUCCUGUGCUUACAUAUCUGGAUUAAUUUUGGUUUCUCUUUUUUUUAAAUUAAAAGAUAUCAUCCUUCUCCCAAAAAUAUCUUCAAAAUGACCAGCUAUCUGAUAUUGUGUAAGUAAAUAUGUUAACACUCAGCGUGUAAGUUAACUUCUGUUUAUCAUCAUCACUUUCAGAUACUACAGGAGAAGGGCAAAAGUCUUAUAAACUACCAUGAAACGCAUCUAAACGAGACUGUUAGAGCUGUUUUAACAACAAAAUGCCUGUUUUGAAACAUUGAUUCAUUGUCUCUGAAAACUGAACUGUGUUCCACCUUGAAAUCAAGGCAAUAUGUUACAUAUUUCAUGACACCUGGGUGCAAUCAAAACGAUGAAAUGCCAAACAUGUCAUAAAAAUGUGCAACCAUGAUAAGAAAAAUACUGAUUACUCUGUUGUUCUUGUGAUAAAUGUUUAAGAAUUUUGUUGUUCUUCAUUGUUUAAAAGUCCUUAAAUAAAUAUGUAAGAGUCUUCCAUUACAGAUAACAGUAUCCAAACAAUGCUAUAUGGAAUAUAGAUUUGUAUUCUAUAGCUUUUAAAUACAGUGAGUUUUGUUUGAUAUUUGUAAUAUUUAUAGAUGACUUGCAUGUUUGCAGAGUUGCAUGAGAGGCAAACAGUAGACUAACUUUUCAGUUGCCAUGCAUGUGAUGAGCACAUUACUACAUUACUCUCUACUUUGUGAUCACAUUUAUUUUUAAUUCUUUAUUUUUGUUGUGCAUGAGAAGUAAAAUCCAGCUAUGAACCCUACAACAACGAUAACAAUGACAUUUAAAAACAUAUAGCAAACAUAGUUUUAUGGCAACCCUAGAAACUGCACAAAUUUUAAGUAUUAAGAGAAACUGCCUAAAGCUGCAUGUAGCCCAUGGAUCAGCGCAGCUAAGAGGAAUAGGCCUUGACAGAGCCAGGAGGUAGGCAUAGCAGCCACAGGAAGUUAGUGACAGCUAGCGUGCUCGGUAGGGCGGAGCCAUAAGGGGAGUAUUUAUACCAGCCAUUAUAUGAAGUGGCCAUUUUAACUGAACCUAAGCUUACCUGUCAGUUGUCCCUCCCACCCUCCCUGUAUUUGGUUAGUUGAUUUCCCAUUUUUUCACAGUGGCAGGAAAUGGCCUGGUUAAAUCGGAGGGUAGAUGGAGGAGAAAGUGGGCACCCUGAGGUUUAGUGUGGAUUGGGCAGUGUUGCACGUGGUUGGUAGGUUCGAGCACGUCGGUGGCUCCGAACCUGGGGGUGUGGUGGUGUCUUGGUACACCCUACACUGGAACUGGUGGGUAGCGGUGUCUCGGUACACCUCUACAAUGGAUAUGGUGGGUAGCGGUGUCUUGGUACACCCCUACAAUUGAUAUGGUGGGUAGCGAUGUCUCGGUACACCCCUACAAUUUAACCUGGUGGAAAUGUGGUCAUAUUGGGCGGCCAGUUUCUGUAUUAACAUGUUAUUUAGAUUGUUAUCUAUUGUUAUUAUUGUAGGGUCAUUGCUAGGGGUAUGUUAUGUAUAUGGGGGGAUGUUAACUUUAAUAAGAUUUGUUGGCAAUGACCCCAUUUGUUAUUCCUUAAUUAUUUUAUUAAUAAUUUAAUAAAGCUGUGGACUAAUUAUUUCCAACAGUAUAACCUGUGUCCUUGUUUUAAAGGGGGUUUGGAUAAGGUUAGCACAUAUGCCGGCAAAUCCAACUGUGUGCCUGUCAUGAGGUAGUGAGACAACGCCAAUGAGUAUAUGUGCUAAGCAUAGGCAUGUGCAGCCUAUUCCAUUAGGGUGUGCACCCUAAAGCACAAACACACACCGUGUGUAUAUGUAUGUAUAUAUAUGCAUAUAUAUAUGUGUGUAUGUAAGUGCAGAAGUAUGUACAUGUAAAGUUGGGAAUGUGAGUGUCAAAGCAUGUGUGCCAAGACGUGUAUAGUGUAUCCAUAAUGUAUGUGGCACCUAUCACUCAUUAAGCCAUAAAAACCAUACUCAGAAUUACGCUCUCAAACACACACAUAAUACUUUUAAAAAUACACACCAAACACAUUCACAUUUACAUCCUCAAACAUACAUACACACCAUUAUAUCCUCAAACACACACACACAAUUACACCCUCAAACACACACACACACACACACAAUUACAUCCUCAAACAUACAAUUACACCCUCAUACAUACAUACACACACACAUAAUUACAUUCCUCAAACAUACAAUUACACCCUCAUACAUACAUACACACACACACACAAUUACAUCCUGCUCACCCCCUCCCCCUCCCCUCACUGCCAGCUGCUCUGCCCCCCUCCCCUCACUGCCAGAAGCUCUGCCCCCUCUCCCCUCACUGCCAGCAGCUCUGCCCUCCCUCCCCUCACUGCCAGCAGCUCUGCCCCCUCACUGCCAGCAGCUCUGCCCACCUCCCCUCACUGCCACUGCUCACUGCCAGCAGCCCUGCCCCUCCCUCCUUCUGUCGCAGCUCUGCCCCCUCCCUUCACUGUCAGUAGCUCUGCCCCUCACUGCCAGCAGCUCUGCCCACCUCCCCUCACUGCCAGCAGCUCACCCCCCCCCUCCCUCACUGCCAGCAGCCCUGCCCCCUCCCUUCACACUGUCAGCAGCUCUGCCCCCCUCCCUUCACUGUCAGCAGCUCUGCCCCCUCCCUCACUGCCAGCAGCUCCCCCCUCCCCUCACUGCCAGCAGCUCUGCCCCCCCUCCCCUCACUGACAGCAGCUCUGCCUCUCCUCACUGCCAGCAGCUCAGCCUCCCCCCCCUCACUGCCAGCAUCUCUGGACUCCCUGUUCACUCCCUCUUACUGUCUGACAGCCUUUUAUACAGACAAACCUAAGUCCCGCUUGGGCUGCCCGGCU